ACGUCAGCUACUUCAACAUCACUUUCCAUCAGCAUCCAAGAUAAGAAUCAGAUAGCCGUUGCUCUGUACAGAUCAGAAAGAUGGACUCUGACUUCGCCGACAUACCACCACCGGCAGAGGUGCAGACAAUCGCCACGCCUAUCAACCUCAUUCUCUUGUCGCUCUUCGUUGUCAUCGCCUACUUUCAGUUUCGCCCCAAGAAACCCGUGACACUCCCCAAGGGCCCGGCUCCCGUCGUUUUCCGCACAUUCACACCGUCGACGUUGCUUCCGUUCAAUGGUACGGAUAGCGCACCCGUCUAUCUAGCUGUUCGGGGGAGAGUGUUUGAUGUCACUCCCGGAAGGAACUUUUAUGGACCGGGCGGACCUUAUGAGAACUUUGCAGGCCGCGACGCUUCCCGCGGCCUCGCAUGCCAGAGCUUCGAUGAAGAGAUGCUCACAAAGGACCUCAAGGGUCCUCUCGACGAUCUCAAAGAUCUCGAUGCCGAGCAAUUGGAGAACUUGCAGGGCUGGGAAGAACGUUUCUUGGAAAAGUACCUAAUUGUUGGAAAGCUUGUUGCCGAAGGUGAUCCAGAGGCGCCAAGCUCUUGAAAAGCAAAGCAUGAUGCGAGAAGCUUUAGGCUUUGCUGCGGUACUAUAGAUUGAUGUGAUGUGUACGACUACCUGGACAACCGACUCUGCCUCUGUUCACAUUUUACGAGAGUCAAUGCAUCUUGAUCGCGAGGGUUGUGCUUUAUUAUCUUCAUUUGCUCUUUUUGAUGUCCGUCUCUCAGAUUGGAAAUAUGGAGACCUAGGUAUGGUUGACGAGCUGCAAAUUUACGGACAUACUUGAUGUUUAUAUGGUAUGGUUGAAAUGGUGUACCAUUCAAAAAUUGACAAUUCCUUCUUUAUCUUACAACGUUCCAACCCUACCCAGUCUCCAUGUCAUCUGUGAUAUUUACAUACAUCAUAGAGACGCUGAGGAUCAUCCCUUUUCCCUCAUGACCUCUCUCCCCAACUUCUUCAAAAAUCAACGCAAAUAAUUGGAUAUCCAGCAAAUGUCCACCGUUCAAAACUGAUUGCUUCUAACAUGAUUCUACAUAUUUGUUAAGGCUCCGCGAACAAUUCCUCCUUUUCCUCCUUUUCCUCCUUUUUCUUCUCAGUCUCUUGGCUCAUCUCUAGUUUAGUCAGAAGCUCCUCGCACGGCACGAUGUCACGAAACUGUAUUGCCAGCGACCAGACGAUAGAUAUGCUAAGAUAACAGUCGGUGGGGUCAGGUCGCGAGUGCCACACGCUCAUUGCAUAGAGGUAGAUCAUGACAGCGAGAUCGGUGCAUGGAUUACAGAGCAGGAAAUACCAGUUGAUCUCGCAGUUCACGUGGGGGCAAUGCUGGUUCAUCAUGAGUCGGAGGGCAUUCAUAUCU